CAUUGUACAAGCAGUCACACUUGGACAAUACGAAAAGUAGGAGGGGCAAACAUGUUGUAGAUGUACACGUGUACCUGCUAUGUUGUGUGGUAUAAGGUCCUAUCUCAUUACUUGCACGUGUCCAGGUCGUGACAACUGCAUGCGCGUAUUUAACAGCUGGUAACUCAAACGCUUUACCUAGUGAAAGAGCAACAUGAAAGUCCCUCCGGUAACAAUGAGAGCUCUGCAGAUGUUUACUAGGGGAAAAGCACGUGCAGACAUCGUCAGUGUUGCAUCCAGUUCGCGCGUCACUUCUCGCGCUCACGUGGCUAGUGAUCAUGACGAAGAGAAGCCGAAGCCGCUCGCCCUGCUGUGUGGCUGGGCUGCUUGCAGCGAAGCUCCGUUGAAGAAAUAUAGUAAGAUUUACCAACAAUUGGGUUGGGAAGCUCAUGUCUUUCCGGGAAGCAUACCUCUUCUGUGGUCUCACUUGCUGAUGUAUUCAAGCGUCAACUGGAGAAUGCGAAAUGUCGCUGUAAAGGAAGAUAACCAACCGAGAGAUGUUAUCAUGCAUCUCUUUUCGUCAGCUCCAGGAUUUGUUCUUCCCUGUCUGCUCCAGGCAAUGUCAAAGCAUCAGACCGGUCUCUGUCUCAGGGGUUUGGUAUUUGACAGUAGUCCUACACGUAUCAGUCGUGAUAUGAUAUGGGUUGGAGCUCGAGAUCGAAUUGAGUCAGCUCGGGUUAAUCCUGUGCUUCUCGGUCCUCCGGUUGCUGUCACGUUUGCCAUUGACUGGCUCUAUAAUCACCUAGAAAACACAGAGAGGAGAAUGCACGACGUUCUGUCUUCUCCAUUGGUGCAAUCAGUUCCUCAUCUGUAUCUCUACUCCAAGGCCGAUGCUGUUGUUCGACCAUCACACAUUGAAAAAUGGAAGAAUUACCAAUUGAGUCGAGGUGUGGCGGUUAGCUCCCAUGUGUGGGAUGAUUCUCAACACAAUAAGCAUUUCAGAAAAUAUCCAAAGGAAUAUACAAAAUUGGUUCAAGACUUUGCGUUAGGAUGUGUUCAAUGAUCAAGUGACCAGUAAUCAAUUGAAUGGCUCGACCUGACAGUCUACAUUUGUUGCUUAUUAGAUAUAGGUAUAUUUAUCUUUACAUAUUAUGUAAGUACAUACAGUGUUGUGCAGAGUGCAAAUAUGCAACUUUUUAUGGUGUGCUACAUAAUUGUGAACUACUAUGAUGCAA